CGACGUGGAUCGCCUAAUUGGGUACUAUUGCAGUAGGACGGCGACUGUAAUCUGGCAUUCAUUAGACCUGGGGGAAUAUGUUCUCAUUUCACUCCGAAUCUGCUACCACUCGUCGGAAUGGCAAGCCCCAGUCCUGCGAACCAUGCCGCAAGUCAAAACUGCGAUGCGACCACACCCGCCCUGUUUGUGACCGGUGCACUGCCAGAAAUAUGGUACAGCAUUGCUUCUACCACCCUUCGCCAAUGACAAAGAGACCCGCGCCUGGAAAUACUGGGGUUUUAACUAAAAGUCAGGGGGACGCGUCAUACCGUAGUGAUGAUAGAUACAGGAUUCACAAGGUCCUAAGUCCUAGCUCUGCAGUUUCUAGUCCUGCACUUGCGGCUCACCUAGCUCCUACAAAAUCACCAAGAUUGGAAUUGGCCACAUCACCUGGCUACUUGGGGUCCACGAGUUAUUCGGCAGUGCUUGCUGAACACCAGAAAGACAUCCCUAUUGAUUCCGAGACUCCCAUGGGAACCGUUUCAGCUGCCGUUGACCCCGAGCGUGCACAAGCCGGAUUCCGUGUCCUUGCCUUGCUAUACAACCUAACUUUUCUCGAUCAUCUAAUCACCCGCUCCUACGCGAAGAAAUGGUAUAGAAUAUAUCCGUCUUCUGUCAUUGAAAAAAUCAUAUCUUCCACGCGCCGGGUUUAUGACAGUUUCGAGGCCACUGAGACAGAGACUCGAUUGAGUGAGCUUGCUGUUCAGGUGUUUCGCAACUCGUUUAGACCUAUUCCCCGGUCAAAGACGAUGACUGUUGAUGAGUAUACCGAUACGUUCACUGGCGAGAAUAUGCGUUGGGAGACAAUUGCACUCAUAUUAGCCCUUGCAGGAAAUUCAGUGCUCGCCUGCUAUGAACAGGAUCCCAUUUUUGCUGACCUCAAAGGGAAUGGUGAUAAUCAGAAGGGAAGCGCAGAAGUGAAGGACCAACUAUUAUCACAGGUAUCUGACGCUACAAGUACGUGUCUUACAUUUUGUGACCAUGCUGCCUCUUCAAACGAAAUACUCGCGUAUGCGCAGUAUACCGAUGUGGUGAUGAAAACACAGCAGUACGGUGACUCAAGCUACCAAGCAUGGCGACGACUUAGUGAGCUCUCGGCGACAGUAUACGCCUCUGGCCUUCACAAGAUCGAUGGCCCAGCUGAUGAGAAUUGCCCAUUCUUUUUGAAGCAGCUACGACGGAGCUGCUUCGCUGCUGCAUUUUUCGUCGACAAGAGCGAGGCAACUUUUGUCGGACGACCACCUUUGAUUAAUUUCCGAUAUUGUUCUCUUGCUCUCCCAUACGACAUCGAUGAUGAGGUGCUCCUUACACCAGGUGAUGCUGAGCAAGAAGUUCUCAAACGUGUCGAUGUCAAUGGAUGGGACAAGGAUGGGAUUAAACACCGAACGAGUAUAAUUCGCAUUAGACUCCAACUUUCGGUUUGUCGAGAAGAAAUUCUCGAGUUGGCGUUGGGGGAUGGCUAUCAGCGAGAUGUUCCCCGCAAAGCAGAGGCAAUUUUAGAACGUGCCAGGAAAGCAUGGGAGCAAUGUCCUGCGCAUCUUCGAUAUGACUAUCUCUCUCAAGAAGACCUAAAUCACCCGCUUUAUGAUCAACAUAUGGGAAUAUUCCUCUUAUAUGUCGACUAUCUUCACAGUCACUUUCUUUUACACCGCACAGUAGUGAAAUACACUGAGGCUAGCCCAAAGCCUCUAUUUGAUACCGCCCGAAUUUUACUUUCCACCGUCCUCCGCAUUUGCAACGACCGCGAAGCUACUACCGACAGAAGUAAACAAGUUUCGUGGAUUGUUCUGUACUAUGGGCUGCCUAGCGCAUGUGUGCUUGCAUUUGAAGUUUUACGACAAACUCAAAACCCAGAGGCACAUCGUCUUCCAUCUGUCCACCUUCCACGAUCAGAAAUCAUUCGUAAUCUCAGUGUCUUUGUUUCAUGUUUAGCCUGGGUGGCCAGCCCAAGCCCAAGUCACGGUAAUUAUGCCGUAUGCAAGGAGGUCGAGCAGAAGCUAUCACACAUCCUUGACCAGAUUCUCGACCCACCACGACGCAUUUCUGCGCCGGUUGAAGAUUUGAGUUUUGUGCAAAAUUUUGCGUCCGGGUUAGAAGGGUAUUUGGAUUGGAAUCAAUUCAACAAUAAUGCCUAUGACUUCAACUCGGAUUACUUUGCAUUUUAGAAUUGCGCCUUCCAUCAUGUUGAAAUGAGAAAGGUGAAAAGGGUAUCUUGCAUACAAUUGCAAUAAACUACUCAAAGUUCUAUAUCACACCAUCCAGAUAAAAUCCGAUGUAGAACGACGCCGUUCCUGAAAAAAAGCUUGGUGACACAUUGGGCACGUGUAAUGGCUCCGCAGGUACCAUCUCUCCAGGCACUGCUUGUGAAAGACGUGCAAACAUUUUAGCUCGUGGAUCUCGUGCGUACGUUCAACCUGGUCGAAACAGAUGACACUGCAAUUGUUAUCAU